AUGAGUCGACAACCAAGACAGUGCAUCGUUGAAAAUUACUCGGUUAUCUGGGUUGACAGCAAUAUUGAUAUGGCCAAUAAAGAUUGCCAAAAUACAAUGAAACAAUUGCGUGGUGUUGUGAACCAAGUCAAUACGUGUACAACAGCUGAAGAAUGUAUUCAACAGCUGAAUGAAAAUCCUGAAGAGAUAGCAUUUGUUAUCUCCUCAGGUGCGAUUGGACAACAUCUUGUACCAAGUAUCCAUGGCAUGGCAAAAUUAAAUGCCAUAUACAUUUUUUGUCGUAAGAAAGAACGGUAUCAAGAUUGGGCUCGAAAUUAG